AUGAAUUGUUUAAAAAGAAAUUCAUUUCAAAAAUGUAUAAAACAAACAAUAAUAUAUAAUAAUAAUAAUAAUAUAGCAAGCUACAAUAAUAGAAUAAAAAGGUUUUUCUCAGUUAACAGUAAUAAUAAUAAUAAUAAUAUAGUUAAAAAUGAAGAAAUUAUUAAAGAAAUUACAAACGAAGGCGAAACUAUUAAAUUUGAAGUUAUAGUUAAAGAACCAAUCAUUCACAAUGAAACUGUUAGAGGAAUGCAGGUUGUAAGAGAAUCACCAAUUAAAGUUCAAAAUCCAAUUAAUCCAUUUGCAUAUUCAGUUGAAACAGUAGAGGAUGCUUUGUCAUUACCAGAUUUAAAACCAAUUGGAAUAGAUAAUACAUAUGCAACAGGUGUAAUGCACGAAAAUCUAAAACAGUCGAUGCCAUAUUUAAAACAAUUAAUUCAAGAAAACCAAACAGAGAAGGCAUUUUCAUUAUUUCAGGUUAUGGAAAGAUUUUAUGUGCCAGUUAGCGAAGAGUGUUAUGCUCUCUUAAGAAAAGAAAUUGAAAAGGCGAUGGUCGAGGUAGCACUAUUUAACGAUGCAAUCAAGCAAGAAGAGGAGAAACCAGGAUCGGUACCAGAACAGCGUUUAUAUAUUCCACCCAUCAAAACAUUAAAUACACUUUUAAAUUACUAUACAGAAACCGAUAAACUACCAGAGGCUUUUCGUCUUUUUACAACAAUGAAACUUUUAGAUGUCAAACCAAAUCAACAUACCUAUAGAUCUCUAAUCAAUGCAUCCAUCCGUUAUGAAGAUAUCGAAUUGGCAUUGAUUUUUUACGAAAAUAUGAGAACUGACGGUGUGGUUUUAGAAGAACAAACUUACGAAAGAUUAUUUGACACAUGCUGUAACACUGUUCAUUAUGAUGGCGCUGUAGAUUUAUAUAAAGAAUUGGUCGAACGUUUCAAAAGAUCCUCUUUUGAACGUUGUGCCUUAUUAACAACAUUAGGUGCAACUCGUUUCAUGUAUUGGAUGAAUGUUCCACAAUCAGUUACGGCUGGUAGAGGUUAUGUCACAAGUUUACAAGUUUCACCAACACGUUUCAUUUUCCCACCAAAACACGAAAAUCAUAAACUAUUGGAACCAAAAUUACCUAAAAAAGUUAUGCACAAAUUAACCUCGCGUAAAAAUAAAAAUGGUGGUCUUUUACCAUUUAAUUAA